UUUACGAAAGAUCAUGAAGUCGUGUUGUCGAGGGUGCUGAACAUUUAGGCCCCUGGUUAAAGCGCAUUAAAUGGGCGAAUAAAUUGCUCAGUAUUUAUGCAGGAUACUGCUGUGUGAAAUAUGUGCAGCACUUCUGAUAAAAGCCUAUAAUGCCCUCUCCAAACGCCACAGACGCCCUUCUUAAAGAGGCGCAACACGGCCAUCUGGAAUCGGUGAAACGCUGCAUCGAGCAUAACUUUCCUGGUGAUGAUUUCUCAUGGCUAAGGGCACACCACGCGAAAUCGGGGGACACUUUGUUCACGUUGGCAGCAAGACACGGACAUGUGGACAUAUUGAAUUACUGCCUGGAGGCCAGGGUUGACAUAAACCAGGGCAAUUUCGACGGAAAACGGGCACUGCAUGAAGCGUCACAUUUCGGUCAGUUGGAGUGUGUGACGGUUUUGUUAAACAAUGGAGCGGCCAUAGAUGCCUUGAAGAAAGCCGAUUGGACACCACUGAUGCUAGCCUGCACAAAAACUAACCUUGAAGUAAUCCAGGAGCUGGUACAGAGAGGAGCCAAUAUUAGCUUGAAGAAUAAAGAUGGCUGGAACUGCUUCCACCUGGCUGUGAGAGUUGGAGAUGCCAGGAUUCUGAACUAUCUACUGGACUGUGAUGAACUGGUGUCUAAUACUGUCAGCAAAAAUGGAAGGACACCUUUACAUACUGCAGCUCUUCAUGGUCAGCAGUCAGCAGUGGACAUCCUUCUGGACAGAGGUGUGACUCCUGUUGACCAACAGGACAGCUGUGGAACCACACCCCUCAUGGACGCUCUCAGGGCAGGACACCUUCAUGUGGCGGACAUGCUGAUAGCACAUGGGAAAUGUUACAACAAUAGGCCCAGCAUGUUGCAGUCAGAGCUGCUGUAUGCUUUUUANGGACUUUUCGCAAAAUGUGAGCCGUUCCAAGUAUGA